AUGGAGGACUUGCGCAUCUUUGACCCCUUCCCAGAGCUUAAGGAUUGGUUUGAACGGCACAAUCCCAUGAUUAAUGUGCAGACUUUGGAUUCACCGCCUCAGCGUGAUAUGGCGAUAAGUAGCCCUAUACCCUACCUGUGCAUUCUCUAUCAUGCUUUUAAAAGAUGGCGGGAAAGGGCGCGAGAGGACAGGAAGGCGCUCCAGGCCUCAGAUCAUUUGCCCUUCACGGCGCACGAAUAUAAGGAACUUCGCGGGGAAGUUGAGUCGAUGGCGGCAUGCCUUAUGGGUCAUCUAGAUGGAAGUUUUUCGCAAGCCGUAGAGUUAUGUACCGUGCGGCUGAAUCGACCCGCGGUGAACUGUCCACCUGGCCCUUUACAGGAGCUCUUUGAUGAUCCCCGCUGUGCUGAUCCGCUUAAAGCGGCUUUACACCUCCCGCCCGACUUUUUCUGUGGACCCAACGAUGGAUUUGACUGUGAGGAAGUGUUGGUUUGGUUUGUAAUCCAAGCCAUCCGAGCUUUUUACAACUCCCAUGAGGGGAGUGUGGGGGGGUUGGACAGCGGUGAGAGUGGUUGGACGGCCGCAGCGGGAGCUCGCCGGGUUCUGCCGUUUUGCGGUUAUGUCCCUGACAUGAAUACAACGACCAAGUGGUAUCGGGAGCUCUGUGAAAUUUAUCAUCGAAAGUUUUCUGCGGAUGUGCAGCACGUGACGGACUUGGCGUUUGCGGAGUGGCGUAGACGUCGAUCGGCGUGCGUCUCCGACUUGACUGUCCGACGGCCUUCGCACCACGAGCAGGACGACGCGUACGGAAUGCUCCACGCACUGGCAGAGGUUGCCGUGAAAAAUAUAUGGUCGGUGCGUUUGGUGAGGUUUAGUCCGGACUAUGUCGUUGACGACCCCGCCAGGGAUUCUGGUUCUCCCGUCCUGGGAUGCGAAUUUGCCAUUGGGAAUGAAUCCACGACCACGCCGAACAUUAUUAAUCUGGGUCCUCGCUUGGAUCAUGUUGAUAUCGAGAUUGCUUGGCGGCUUCGCUUGGGUUUACGGAUACGAGAAAUGCUUGAUGGAAUGGAUAAUUUGCCUUCCGAUGGAGUGCGACGCGCUUUGUGCUUUGGUGUUUGCCUUAUGGCUGCUCAGGAAUGGACACGAUGUGGGGGCCCUCAUUUCUGCGGCGAGGUGUUAUCCAAAGAUAGUCGCUUCCCCUCAUCAUCGAUUGGUGCAGUCUGUAACCAUGAUUCGGAUCACUUUUUGCAUUCAGAUGUGUUUUACUUUUUAAAGUUGGUUUUGCUUCAGAGUAUCGAUACUCAUCUGGUUAACUCUGCGGAGCAGCAUCAAAAGGAAGAUGAAGGUUCGAUAAGUGGUUUCAGGACCUCUAACUCUGAAGUUAAUCGUCUUUCUUUGCCUUCAAGUUGGGAUCGAUUGAGCGAGUUAUUGUUAAAAAUCUGCCUGGAAUUGGAACGGGUGGGUUUGAGCGAGGUGAUCUCGGUUGCGGCCUCAGUUGGGGCUAUAGCCUCACAGGAGGUUGUGAAGUUGAUUCAGCGCCAACGCAUCCCCGCAGGACAUCCACUAAUCUAUAACGGGUACGACAACAUUAUCGUAGCAUUAAAGACACCGACAAAAAAAGACUGA